AUGAUAGAGAAUUAUUCUUUAGCCCUGAUAUGUUUUUUGGGAAUUACUCUAAGUUAGAUAAUUUUAAGUACAAUGGAUGAUUGCACAUGUAGAUAAAUUACAAAUGAAAAUGAUUGUCAGUAUUUGUCUCCAUACUGCUAUUGGAAUGGCUAAUCAUGCUCAACACCUUCCUGUUAUGGUUUACCAUAAGCUGAUUGCGCUUAACUAGAUUAAUGUUAUUUUAAUGGAGUAAAUUGUAAUUAAUUUUAUCGCAAUUAUACUUGUGGACAAUUGAAUAGUACUGCUAAUUUUACAUGCUAAUAAUAUAGUAAAUUUUGUUUUGAAAGUUCAAGUGGAUAAUGUACAGAUGAAGGUUAUCAAUUGCCCGCUAAUUGUAAUAUGUAUUAAAAUUAUACAUCCUGCAUUUAAUCUUAAUAAGGUUUGUGUUCAUGGUUUAAUGGUAAUUGUUCCUAUUAUAGCAGUUGUAAUUCUGUUCCACUUUAAAUUUGUUAAUCAUAUUAACCUUACUAAACAAAACAUCCUUUAGGUUAAUAUUGUGUUAUAAAUAACAAUUAAUGUGUCUAGGCUGCUUGUAAUUUAAUAUAUAAUUAAACAUAAUGCACUUAUGUUUAAACUUUUUUUAAUUAGGAUUAAUUUAUGUUAUGUGAAUGGAAUUCUAUUAAUAAAACAUGUUAAGUAGCAACCUAAACUAGUUUUUUGACUAAUUCUACUUGUCUAUCUCAUACAAUGGGUAAUUACCAUUGGGUUACUAAAAAUAAUUAUACUACAGAAGGAUACUGUUUUAAAUGUUAAGCUAGACCUAUCUAAUCAUAAUCAUCAUGUAAAUGUGAAUAAUUAAUAUCAUAAUAUGAUUGCAAUUAAAAUGUGUUAUGCGAAUGGCAAUCUUCAUGUAUUUCUAAAACUUGUAAUGGAUUAAAUAAUUCUUAAGAAUAUUGUAUUUAAAAUCCUGGUUGUGCUUGGAUUAAAGGUAAAGGAUGUACAAGUUUUAAUAAAUGUUAAAAUUUAAAUGGUACUAAUUAAUAUGAAUGUUUACUUUAAUCUUUACAAUGUGCUUCAAGUAAUGGAUAUUAGUGCUUACCUUUAAGUGAAGUUAAUUAAUAUGGUUGUACAUCUAAUACAUAUGGAUAAUGCGAUAGAUUGAUUACUAAUAAAGGUUUCUGCAUGUCAAGUACUAAUAAUACUUAUCCAAAUAAUACUUAUCCUAAUUAAACUUAUCCUAAUAAUACAUAAAAUUCAGGUUGUAUAUUGUAAAAUAAUGUUAAUUGUUAUAAAAUAAUAGAUUCUCAAGAAUGUUAAAAAUUUAUUCAUAUUUGUUAUUGGAAUUCUUAUUAUAAUAAUUAAUAAUAUUAUUGUUAAUAAUGUAUUUAUAAUAGUUAUUAUUGUUAAUUUUGUGGAGGUAGUUGUUAAUAUGCAAGUUGCGGCAAUUAUAACAAUGAAUAAGAUUGCAGUUAUGUUUAUUAAAAUGGCCAAAUUAUAAUGUGUUAAUGGUACCCUUAAAAUCAUUACUGUAGCAAUUAAAAUAAUAAUUAUUAUUAUUAUGAUUAUUACAAUAUAAUUCCAUUAAAUUAAAAUUAAUGUUACUCAUAAUCACGUGGGGAAUAUCAUUGGAGUAGUAAUAAUAAUAAAGUUGGAGAAUGCUUAAAAUGCUCUUUAGAUUAUCCCCAAAGAAAAAAGAAUUAAUGCACUUGUGAAGAAUUAAUAUAUUAAGGUGAUUGUGCAUUAGCAGGAGAAAGUUGUUUAUGGAAUUCAUAACUGGCCUAAUGUGUUUAAAUUGAUUGUCAUAUGCUUAAAACAAGAUCUUCUUGUAUUUCAAAUUAUAAUUGUCAUUGGAUUUAAGUAGAUGAUGUUAUGUAAUGUUUACCAAUGACUAAAUGUUCAAACUUACCUGGUUCCAAUUCUUAUUAAUGUUUGGCAUAUUCUUAUAGAUGUACUUAGAGUGAUGGAUAGUUUUGUUAAGAAUUAUCAAGAUUAGAUUAAUCUAAUAAAUGUUCAUCAAUCUAAAAUUAUACUUCUUGUUAUUUGACAAUAGGUUCUGAUGGUAUAUGUGCUUGGAAUGGUCAAAAUUGUUAUGCAUUAUCUGAAUGUUCAUAAAUAACAUUCAGCAAUUUAUGUGGAAUUAAUAAUUAUGCAUGUUAAUGGAAUUCUGAGACUAAUAAAUGUAUAUCAUUAAAUUGUGAGAAUAUUUUAACAGAAUCAGAAUGCACUUAUGUUGAUACAACAAUAGAUAGACAUCCUUCUAUUUAAAUGUGUUAUUGGAAUAAUUCAAGAUGUGCCAAUGUUACUAGUAUAAGUGAUACUCUUACAUCUUCAAAUUGUUAUAUUAAUUCAGGUAGGACAUAUAGUUGGUCUGAUAAUAAUAGUACUAAAGGCCAUUGUGAAUCAUGCUCUAAUGAUUAUUUGAUGAGAGCUACCACUUUUAUUGUCUUGCUAUUGAUUAAUUAUUGAAG